CCACACUUGUGACAAACCAGAAGUGUCCACCGCUGUCGAUGGAGUUGUCUGCCAAGACAGGUAAUGUUUUGAACUGAAGGCAAACAAACAAACAAACAAACAAACAAAAACGAUUAAACUCAGAUACGAGAAGCUGACGGCUGUCAUGCAUACCCGCCGAAGAAUAUUACUGUAACCACAAUGCGAAAAACGACAGCAGAUUUUCGACAGCUUUCGUUCACAGCACUAGCUACGUAGCUAAGCUUACUUAGCCAGGACACAGCGAAUCCAGUUUGUCAGCUUUCAACCUGGGGAGAGCGCGAGCCAAAUUUGAUGUGACAUCCAAGAAUUUUCAACCCAAGCACAUUGGGUGUCGUCUUAAGAAGCAGACUCAUAGCCGGGCUUCUAUCACUUGACCAUACAAUGUGGCUACAGCAAAGACUGAAGGGGCUACCAGGCUUGUUAUCAAGUAGCUGGGCAAGAAGGCUGCUCAUAGGAGUACUGCUCUUCCUCAUCUUCUACUGGUACCUGGGAGCGGAACGCAGAUGGAGGUUCUUCAGAGGCUCUGCGGUGCCCGACGGGGCGGCUGGACAGUGCCUGCUGGCUGAAAUCCACAGGUGGAAAUCUCUCGUAGAGAGAGGAGAGGGGAUAUACAGAACACCUCAGGAGCAAUUAGACUCGCCUUUUGUAUCAGGUAACGGGCAUAUUUUGCUUGAUAUUGACUCUAACAAACUAUGGGUAGCAUCUUCUUCGCAGCCCGGCUCUGCUCCUGUACACCAGACUGAAUACUCACCUCGGGUUGGCGUCUAUCUGGAGGGAAGGCGAGCCGAGGCUCAGGCUAGUUUGCUGUGGUUCCGGAAGGGAGCCGUGCUGUCAGUUCGCUGUGCCUCACCAGCCUCUCUGCAGUCAGCCCGGGACUGUGUCACCAUCAGAGAGGAGUUCAUCGCUCACAGAAGCAGACCUAACGUUUAUCUGCAGCGAAUUCACGUCAGUAACCCCUCUGACAGGCCCGCUACCCUGGACAUUUCCUCUGGCAGUCCCUCCUUUGGCAGCAAGUUCUCCACCAGUGCAGAGAAGCUGGAGGACAGAGAGAUACUGCUCUCUUCUGGCAGGGUGCCAGUGGAGAAUAACCGGAUGGUGCUGGUAGUGGUGGUCACCAAAAAACUGAACAGCAGGAUUCAGGUUUCUCCUAAAUCAGAUUACACAGACAACAUCCUGUCAGUUGUGUGGACCUCAGAGCCCAUCGAGUCCUUGAAGAUUGAGGAAACCUUCAGCACCCUCAGAGAUGGAGCUAAAAAGGAGCUGGGGGAGCUGUUGAGGGCCAGUGUGGAUGAACUGGUAGUAGAUCACCAGCAGGCCUGGCUGGACCUCUUCAUUUCAGGGGUUGAAAUGAGGAAGAUCACAGAUUCACACACACCAUCAAGCCGCACAGUAAACACCACCCUCUACUAUACUCUGUCCUCCUCCAAGGCUCCUCUGCUGGACCGAAGGCUGAAUGGUGAGGAGCGUACUCGUCUUGAAUCCAGUCUCAAUUACGCUGACCACUGCUUUAGCGGCCAUGCUACCAUGCAUGCAGAAAACCUGUGGCCUGAGAGGGUGACCAGUACUGCUCAGAUCCUGCAACUGGUCACAUUGUGGACUUUGACUUUGCAGAAGAGAGGUUGCAAGGUACUGGUGGCAGCAGGGGCACACGGAGCCAUGCAGGGCAUGGUGCUUAGCUUUGGAGGCCUUCAGUUUACAGAGAACCACCUUCAGUUCCAGGCUGAUCCAGACGUGCUGCACAACAGCUACGCCCUGAGAGGGAUCCACUACAAUCAAGACCUCAUUAACCUGGCGGUCCUCCUUGAUGUGGAGGGAAAACCUUUUCUUCACGUGUCGGUUAAGCAACAGGAGAAGCCGGUCAAGCUCUACGCCUGCGAGGCAGGCUGCCUCAAUGAGCCUGUGGAGCUGACAUCAGAAAUCAAAGGUCACACCUUCCCUGUCAUGGUGACCCAGCCCAUUACACCAUUGCUUUACAUCUCCACAGACUUGCGUCACCUGCAGGACCUCCGUCACACCCUGCACCUCAAGGCCAUCCUGGCCCAUGAGGAGCACAUGGCCAACAGGUAUCCAGGCCUGCCCUUCCUUUUCUGGUUCAGCGUGGCCUCUCUCAUAACUCUGUUUCAUCUGUUCCUCUUCAAGCUCAUAUACAACGAGUACUGUGGCCCUGGUGCUAAGCCCCUCUUCAGGAGCAAGGUCGCCAGCAAAUGUGAGGAUGACUGCUCUGACAUCUUGGAUGCUGCUUAAUACUGCACACGUUCAUUAUGUGCUAGUGAGUCCGCUUGACCCAGGGAGAAGGUAUUGACAGGGGUGUGCUGGUGCUAAAUCUGAAAUGAAUGUUAUGUCACUGCAAACUAUGCAUUUUUUUGCUACCUGACUAUGAUCAUAAAGAAUUUCAUCUGCUGUGUUGUGAUGCCGCCUAGAGAUCUACUGGUGAGAUGAUGCAGAGGCAUGUAAAUUAAAAGUACGCAUCCAUGCCACUUUAAAAACCCAACGACAGGGCUGUAGAUGUUUGUCAUUAUUGAUUGAUCUGCUGGUAUUUUGGUGAAUAAUUGACUGGUCAGUAAAAGUGGCCAAAUGUGUGACAAAGUGCAAAAUUCAAGCAAUUUGAUGAAACAUAACUUUACAAACUAUGAUCAAAAUAUACACAUAAACAACUCGUCUUAAAACUAAAAAUUGACACAGUCCCCACCAGAACCACAGAAUGGAAGACCCAUUAUCGCCAUCUUUUUAAUUUACUGGAGCGAACAAACUAACUGAAUCUUCCUUUGGGGCCCCUGGAGGCCUGGUUAACUUUGCAGUUGUUCAAAUUCAAUUCAGCUCAAUUCAGUUUUAUUUAUUUAGUGCCAGUUCACAACAUACACUUUUGUUCAAACGUUUGGGGUCACUUAGAAAUGUCCUUAUUGUUGAAAGAAAACCAUUUUUCAGUGAAGAUAACAUUAAAUGAAUCAGAAAUACAGUCUAGACAUUGUUAAUGUGGUAAAUGAAUAUUCUAGCUGGAAGCAGCUGACUUUUAAUGGAAUAUCUACAUAGAGGUACAGAGGAACAUUUCCAGCAACCAUCACUCCUGUGUUCUAAUGCUACAUUGUGUUAGCUAAUGGUGUUGAAAGGCUAAUUGAUGAUUAGAAAACCCUUGUGCAAUUAUGUUCACGCCUGAAUAAAAGUGUGAAUUUUCAUGGAAAACAUGAAAUUGUGUGAGUCACCCAAAACUUUUGAGCCGUUGUGUAUGUUAUUUCAAGGCACUUUUCAUAGUAAGGGUAAGACCUUACCCACUUCAUGCAGAGAAACCCCACAAAUCCAAAGUUUCUUUAGGAAUCCCUUGAGCAAGCACUCGGCAGCAGUGGGUAGGAAAAAUAACCACUGGCAGAACCGGCUUCAGGGAGGCCGGUCAUCUUCUUCAACCUCGUUUUUCUCAGGACUUACCUCCACUUUAGUCAGCCCAGACUGUAUCCAUGGCUGUAGUCUAAAGCUAUGGCUGAUUGUAUACUACUAGAGUUAGCUUGAUUAUUCUGGCAAUGUUUAGUUUGUGGCUAAAUGAGACAGUUGCUUUGGAAAUUUAGGAACACUCUUGUGUGUAGCACCCUCUAAUCCUGUCUUUGGAAUUUAAUAAACAUUUGACUACUUUGAUGGUUAUAAAGUUAGCAGACAAACCCUAAGCAGUGUUACCAUGGUAACAGUCAUUGUAGUACCAAAGCUAACCCUGUCUUUCCUCCACAGUAUAUUCUUAGCGCAGUGCUCAUUGGCCACAGCAUGCAGAUGGGUAAUAAAUGGAACCUUAGUCAGCAUUGUUGUUCUGUUAAGAUUAGAUGAAGGUGAAAGGAGUGUAUUGAAGACUGUCUUUCAUUUAUCACUGCAUCUCCAGCCUUUCCUGUGGUGUGUUCUGUUUUUUCCUGUUAAAACUUUAGUUCUUGACAUUCUAUAACAUGUUCUAAAUAUUUGUCACAAUCAGCCAUAUAUCUACUGUCAGUUUUCUUCCUGCCAUUGCUUUAUUCAUUAAUCUUCCAACUAAAGUUUUUAAAAAGAAAACUAUACUACAACUUAGAUUAUCACUGUGUAUGUGGCCAUUGGUUUUGAUGGUCACAAUAGCAGUACCAGUACUUGCCUGGCAAUUAGACCAGAGAGAGGCCGCUAAGAAGAAGAAGGUUGGAAACCAACCUCCAGAUUAGACAAACAGAUCUAAGAAUGACAAAGCAAAGAGUUUCUGGGUGGCUGUAGUUGUGUGCACUGUCUCUCGAGACAAUGUAUACCCAGAUGUCCUGUAGCUUUACAGACGUCUUUUAGUGCUACCUCCAAAAACAACUUGUUUGUCAGUUUGUUCGUGUAAAACUUUUAGAUCCUAACUGAUAGACUUGAUAGCCAGAUAACUCAAAAUGUAAGAAACUCUAUCUUUUAGUAAACCUGUUCUGGUGAAUUGAAGCCAUAGGUGUACAAUAGGAACAACUGAUAGCCACCUUAUUUCAGUGCAAAUUGCUGUCAUGUUGCGCAAGCCAAAAAGUUGAAGCUUUCCUGGGUUUUCUUCUGCGUUGUGCAGCCCACAAGCUCUCGCUUAGCUUAUAGUCUUUGAUAAGGAUAACAUCUUGCAAAUAGAAAUCAAUAUUCUAAACAUCUAUGGAAAAAAACCCUCAAAAUAAAAGGAGUAACAAUUCAGCUUGUUUGCAGUCGGACGCAGUAUCCUGUCCAGUCUUUUAUGAUGGUGAUUGAUGCAGAAAACAUUUUUUGAGUGAAAUUGGAUUUUUUUUGUUGUUGAAUUUGUGAUUUACCUUUCAGACAGGAGAGUUAAGAGCUUUGUAAUAAUCUUACAAGACAGCAGUGGUGUUCAGCUCUUUUAAUACAACCAUGAUUCAAACACACACAUCCUAGUCAGUGGUCCUCAUCAGUCACAGUGAAUAUUUGCCUGUGGCAGUGUGUUGAUUGUCACUGACUGGGGUAUUUUAAAAUAUACCCCUUCUCAUUAGGUGCAAAGGCCCUUAUAAAACACCAACAAUGGCAAAUAUGUUUACUUUUACUAAACAUCCCUCUGCCUGCUGUGAUUUUAAUAAAUAUAUGGUGUAUGUGACAACUGUGAAACGCAGCUGGUCUACAUAUAUACAGUCUUACGGGUUGUUCCAAAGGUAGAAAUAACUUAUUAAUAAGAUACAAAUAAUAUUUGAAAACACCUUUUCUUGUUGAUGGAGAUUAUUGUGACGUAAUUGAUUUAUAAUUUCUUUCUGAUUAAUAUUUAAGAACGAAUCUGCGUUUACCACUGUUCUUUUUUUCUUUUACUUUUAUUGAAUCUCUUUUUGUAAUCUUAUGUUGUGUGCCUUAAUGAAAAAAUUAAAACAGUUAAUUUAUUGA